UCUUCUACUCCAAGCCAUAAGCCUCAGGUUUUUUUUAGGGUUUUGGCGGCUUUGGAUUCGCCACGAACCCGCUUUCUCCUCUCGGAUUCCCGUCGCCGGUCCCAGCUAAGUGUUGCUUUCGGUAAAGAUGAGCAGCGCUCCAGUUCCAUUCUCAGAUAUUGGUAAAAAAGCCAAAGAUCUUUUGUACAAAGACUACUAUUUUGAUCAUAAGUUCUCUUUGACAACAUCAAGUGAUUCUGGACUGGGACUCGCAGCAAGUGGACUGAAGAUUGAUCAACUGUUCAUUGGUGACAUAAGCACACAAUACAAAAGUGGUAGGACAGUUGUUGAUGUCAAAAUCGAUUCCAAUUCAAAUGUUGCAACUACAGUAACUGUCAACGAGAUAGUCAGUGGUUUGAAGACUUCAUUCAGCUUCAAAACUCCUGAUCAAACAUCUGGCAAGGUCGAUGUGCAAUACCUUCACGAACGCGCUGCAAUAAAUUCUAGCAUUGGUUUGAGCUCUACACCUUUGCUGGAGUUGGCAGCAACAAUUGGCACCAGAGAACUUAGUUUGGGGGCAGAGGUUGGAUUUGAUAGUGCUUCGGCAUCUUUUACCAAAUACAACUCUGGGAUUGGCUACAACAAGCCAGAUUUCUCUGCUUCUCUAAUAUUAGCUGACAAGGGAGAAACAUUAAGGGCUUCUUAUUUCCACUUGUUCAAUCCAGCCAAUGGAGCUGCUGUUGCUGCUGAAAUAAGCCACCGGUUUAAAACGAGUGAGAACAGCUUCUCUAUCGGCAGCUGUCACUCCCUUGAUCAUCUAACCACAUUAAAGACGAGAUUCAGCAAUAGUGGCAAAGUCGCACUUCUUUGUCAGCACGAGUGGAGGCCGAAAUCGUUUGUCACUCUCUCUGCCGAAUACGACCCCAAAGCCGUAAGAGCGCCUUCGAGGCUGGGGCUUGCAGUAGCUCUCAAACCUUGAAUCGUUCGAAAUCAUCAUCUUUGUACCAGUAUAUUUCAUGCCUUUAUUUUUAUUUACCUGUAAUCUUGGUUGAAAUUAUAGCCAAGAAACCUCGAGUUCAUUUAUUUAAAGAGUUAUGUCCGAACAAGCACGCCGAAAUUGAGACUUAAAACUCAAUUUUGAUGGGGAUUACUCCAGAGAAACAUGAGUGGGUGAAAAUUUGUUAUAGGUGAGUACGGACAGUUGGUUUGUCCAUGGGGUAUGUAGUUUUAUUGGAUGUGGCGACUCUGUGUUUCUUGUUUAUUUUGCAUUUGUUCAAGACGUUCAGCAAAUACUGGUGAGUAACACUCACCGAAGAAACCUUUUUAAGACCUUUUUUAUGUGCAUCAGGUGAUUUUUCUCUGGUU